AUGUCAAAGUUUGAAACCCCCUAUUAUGUCAACCGAGACCAAGCCUACACCGGCUACAAGGAGCUCAUUUUGGGCUCGCAUAUCAAAACUUCUGUUAAACCCGAUGUCUGCAGGAUUUCGAACAAGUUCGAGGCAACGCUCUUUGACAGCGUCAACCCAGACGACGGCGACUUCUUUGUCGACGCAUACACCCAGCAACGACCCGAGGUUCUGGUGCUGUCGCCCUGGAUCCAAAAGUUUGUCGACCAGGCCAGGAAGGAUGGUGUCCAUGUUGAGGCGAUGGUUAAGCCUGACCGAUCGCAUUGUUAG